UUUCAUUUUUAUUUUUGUCAUCAAGUCGUACCCCCCCAAAGCCUCCAAAAUUCAAGCCUUCAGCGAAGCCAGCAUGCCGCACAAAGGGCAUAGCGGGGUGAACCAGCUGGGGGGCGUCUACGUCAACGGGCGACCGCUGCCGGAUUCGACCCGCCAAAAGAUCGUGGAGCUGGCCCACUCCGGUGCCCGACCGUGCGACAUCUCGCGCAUCCUUCAGGUCUCCAACGGAUGCGUCUCCAAGAUACUCGGAAGGUAUUACGAGACGGGGUCAAUCAAGCCUCGUGCCAUUGGCGGCUCAAAACCGCGAGUGGCCACAUCGUGCGUCGUCACCAAGAUCGCCGACUACAAGCGCGAAUGCCCAUCCAUUUUCGCCUGGGAGAUCCGCGAUCGCCUCCUGUCCGAGGGCGUCUGCAACAACGACACCAUCCCCAGCGUCUCGUCGAUCAAUCGCGUGCUGCGGAACUUGGCGGCGCAGAAGGAACAGCAAUCGGCGGCCGCGGCCAGCGAGUCCGUCUACGACAAAUUGCGCAUGUUCAACGGGCAGGCCGGUGGAUGGGCGUGGUAUCCGGGUGCUCCGCCUCCGACUCACCCGGCGCUAGCCCUGCCUCACGGUCACGUUCCGGCUACUCCGCUACCCGGCGGUGGCCAUCACCUGAUUCGAGAUGAUCCGCACAAAAGAGAUUGCAACGAUGGCAACAUCUCCGACGGCAACUCGGACUUGCACAAUUCGUCGGGCGACGAGGACCCGCAGAUGCGGCUGCGUCUCAAGAGGAAGCUCCAGCGCAAUCGCACCUCCUUCACCAACGAGCAGAUUGAAAGUCUCGAGAAAGAAUUUGAACGGACUCACUAUCCAGAUGUUUUCGCUCGUGAACGACUCGCUGAAAAAAUUGGUCUACCUGAGGCACGUAUUCAGGUAUGGUUUAGCAAUCGACGGGCCAAGUGGCGGCGAGAAGAGAAAUUGCGCAACCAGCGCCGAGGUCCCGAAUCGACGAAUGGCAGUGGCAGUAGCGCAGGUGGCGUUGGCUCGUCUUCGUCGGCGGCGGCUGCAGCAGCGGCUGCCGCCGCGGCUACUGGCCGUCUCAACAGCAUCAACUCGGGCCUAAACAGCAUGUACCCGAGCCUGGCUCAACCUUUGGCUUCCAUGGCUGAACCCUACAGUUCCAUGGCGACUUCGCUCAGCAGCAUGGGCGGUAUGGGAGGCAGUUGCGGACUUCAACAGCGCGAUCCCGCCACGGCGGCCGCCUAUCCGUCUUACAUGUUCGCCCAUCACGGAGCCGAUCCUCUCAGCUCGCUUCAGUCGUCCUACAAUCAACACCAGAGAGCCGCGGCUGCGGCGGCAGCUUGCAGCGCCGCUCAGGCCUCGUCGGUCGCCGCUUCGGCCCAUAGUUACGCGGCCGCUACCAGCGCUCACGCUCAAACAGAUACUAUGUAUCGUUUAGGUGUUAUUUCCGCCGGCGUCUCAGUUCCGCUGCAAAUACCCAGCCAUCAGGGAUCCGACAUUGCGGCCAACUACUGGCACCGUCUCCAGUAAUCUUCGCUGUCGGACAUCAUUGCACCGACUAUCGGGAAAAAUUUUAAAGAAUCUCUUCAGAAGGAGAAGUAAUGAAAUAAGAAUGUGUAUGGUAUAAUGAUAUUCUAAACAAAAAAGAAAAAUAGUUGUGGAUUGCAGAA